GCAAUGAAGUAAAUCUUUAUCGCACAUAUAUAAAAGCUACGUUUGUAAUACCAUGUCUUAUUAAGGUAGCAAGAUGGUUGAAACCGUUGGCGCGCGCCCUGGUCAAUAUGACCGUCUUUUGCGCUCGAGCAUACACAAAUCGUUGAAUCUGUUUGCUGGCGAGUUUGGAGCACUUCCGUAUAAUCCAUUGGAUGGGUUUACUCGGCGUCGUCUCUCAUGCAAGAUUUUAGAUGAGUAUGGACCGGUUCUAAACUACGUACCUAAGGUAGCUCCACGCCAAUCGCAAAGUGGUCCCGUCAACACAAGUGCUAACAAAGAUGCGCCAUUUACAAUAAAUGUGCGGAAGGCUAAGACACCUACUGCUGAAGUGGUUGACGGCUUACACGCUGCUUUGGCAAGUACUCAUGCUAACGUUAACAAGUUACCUUAUUUGGACGCUACUGUAUCUGAUGAAGUACAUCUAGGCAUUGUAAGAAAGCGGUCGAUGUUGGCAAUCGACGAUUCCGAUUCAGCUAAAAGACGUGAAACCUUGGCUCUUAGCGUUGUAGUAGAUGGUUCAUCACCGGUGUCUAAUUCCAUGGGCUCAUAUUUCCGUGAGACCAUUUCCUCAGGACACGCUAUCGCACCUCUUGCUAUAAAACCAAAGCGGGAUACUAUUCGUCGUCAUCAGCCGAAGUGGCAUCCUCCAUGGAAGCUAUAUCGCAUGAUCGUGGGUCACCAGGGUUGGGUCCAUUGUGUAUCUGUGGAUGUAUCUAACCAGUGGUUUGCCACUGGUAGCUCUGACAGACUAAUUAAGAUUUGGGAUUUAGCAACUUGUCAGCUAAAGCUGUCUCUUACUGGUCACAUCAAUGCAGUGCGUGACUUGAAGAUAUCUGACCGUCAUGCUUACUUAUUCAGUUGUGGUGAGGAUAACACCGUCAAAUGCUGGGACAUUGAGCAAAAUAAGGUAAUCCGUAGUUACCAUGGCCAUUUAUCUGGUGUAUAUUGUUUGGCGUUACAUCCAGCAUUGGAUGUCCUUUUCAGCGGCGGUCGUGAUGCCGUCGUGAGGGUUUGGGACAUUCGAACAAAGGAAGCAGUUCAUGUAUUAUCCGGUCACAGUGGCACUAUCAUGAGUCUAGUUUCACAAAAUUCCGAGCCUCAGGUUAUAUCUGGAUCACAGGAUAAAACAGUUCGGUUGUGGGACUUGGCGGCAGGUAAAAAUAUAGUCACCUUGACCAACCACAAGAAAAGUGUGCGUGCUCUUGCUGUACAUCCAACUGAAUACACGUUUUGCAGUGCUGGUGCAGAUAAUGUAAAGGUAUGGAAAUGUCCGGAAGGCGUUUUUAGCCGCAACCUGAGCGGCCACAACUCAAUAUUAAACUGUGCUGCAAUUAAGGACGACGGAGAAUCUUCAAUGUUAGUUGCGGGUUCUAACAAUGGACAGUUACAUUUUUGGGACUGGGAAACUGGUUACAAGUUCCAAACUCUGGAAAGCACGGUACAAAAAGGAUCCUUGGAGAGUGAGAAUGGCAUUUUCGGUUGUGCGUUCGACAUGAGUGAAACUCGGCUAAUAACGGCUGAAUGUGACAAAACUGUGAAGAUAUGGAUUCAGGAUCCGGAUGCCACGCCAGAAACACACCCGGUGGUAUGGAAGCCAGAGGCUUCACUUAAACAAUACUAACCUUUUAAUAUAUACGGUGAUAUUAGGUGUAAAAA